AUGGCAAACAACACUGAUGCUGAAAAUACUAUUGAUACUACCAAUAUUGGCGCUACCUCCGUUGCCCCAGUUCCAGUUGCACUAUCAUAUGCCAGGCCAUUUCUAGAUGUGUCGAAUAUCAAAAUUUUCGCCAAAGAAAAUUUCAAGCGUUGGCAAGAACGUAUUUUCUCACUGCUUGAUGUCUACGGUGUUGCACAUGUACUGCUGCAUCCACAACCUAGUCCAGACACUGAUAAUAAAAUAGUGGAAUCAUGGCAACACGCCAACAAGGUAUACCGUCAUACCAUAUUGCAAACUAUAUCUAAUGAACUGUUUGGUGUAUAUUGCAGUUAUAAAGAAGCAAAAGCUAUCUGGGAAGCCUUAAUUAAAAAAUUCACCGCUGAAGAUUCUACAAAACAAAAAUUUAUAGUAGAAAAAUUUUAUCAGUGGCAGAUGAGAGAUGAUAAAGAGAUGAACGUACAAAUCAAUGAAUUUCAAAAAUUGUUAGAAGACUUUAAGGCCGAGGGGAUGUCUUUACUAGAAAAGUUUAUUGCUGGAGUGCUAAUUGAGAAGCUGCUUGACUCAUGGAGUGACUACAAAAAUAACUUAAAGCACAAACAGAAAAAUUUCACUAUUGAGAAAAUUGUGAUCCACAUCCUAAUUGAAGAUUCCAACAGAAAAGAAUCUGCCAAAGUUAGGAUGACAGCUCUUAAAGCAAACUUAGUGCAAAGCAACAACAACAACCAUAAAAGUGCAGGUAUAGAGCAGGAAAUCAAAGGAAAAACGAAUACUCCUAAGGCUAACUUAGCUGAAGGAGGUGAUAUUAUUGCAGCUGUCAUUUCUCAAGUAAAUAUUGUAGCACAUGCAAAAGAAUGGGUGGUAGACUCUGGGGCUACUCGGCACAUUUGUGCAAAUCGAGAAGCAUUUUCCUCUUAUACUCAUGUAGAGGAUAAUAGAGAAGAGGUCUACCUUGGAGACUCAAGUAUAACAAAAGUCUUGGGUAAGGGUAAAGUUCUCCUGAAACUCACUUUGGGAAAAACUUUAGCCCUUGUUGAUGUACUGCAUGUUCCUACUAUGAGGGCAAACUUGAUCUCUAUAUCCUUGUUGGGAAGAGUCGGAGUGAAAGUGUCAUUUGAAUCUGAUAAGAUCAUUUUUUCGCUCUUCGUCAGCAUUUUUAUUCUUUACACUAUCUUCGUCACCAAAUGA